AUGCACUACGGCGAAUCCUCUUCCGAUAUUCCGACGACUUCUCCCCCUUCGAAUCAGACGAGCCCGGAGCGCUCACCAGCCCUAGGGCCCGCUGAAGCCGAUUUUUCAGCGGUGGAAAACCCUGCCACGCCAAACACGUCCGUGGAAUUGGAUGAUUCUCCACAAUAUUCCGGAUUUGAGGCUAAGGAUUUGAUAACUAAUAUUUCUCCGAGCGAUGACGCCGCUAAGGUGUCAACUGCGGAUACUAGCCUAGAAUCUGAAGAAACGUUGCGGUCCGAAUCCCGGACCAGCUCCGUUGAGAAUCCUUGCAGGGAAGCCGAUGACUCGAUGGAUGGUGAGGGAUCUGCGAAAGCGCCUGAUCAUGUAGGUUACGAAGAAUCUGAAGCUAAUGAUAGCUUGGAUGCCAUUAUUCCUGGAUCUGCGUCUGCCUCAUUAGAGGACAAGGCGAGUACCCCAGAAAUCCCGAAACAGGUUGAAGCCCGUUUCGAAGACGAUCAGCCCAGGUUCUCGCUUGCGGAACUUGAUCCUGCAGAUCAGCCGGAAACCAUGGAUGGUCAAUCAGAAACGUCACAACAGGUGGACGACGAUGAUUGGAGAGAUGACUCUAUGGAAUGUAAGUCAGAAGAGCCGCAAGGCAUGGGAAGUGAUGAUCCGAAUAAUGAAUCUAUGGAUUUCAUGUCGGAGGAGUCACGAGAGAUAGAAACUAAUGAAAAAGACGACUCUUUCGGUGAGCCACAGGUUGAUGGCGAGCAGGGGCUCAGUUCAGAUCCAGAUCAGUCGUUUGAAACUGAGAAGCAGGAAGAGGGAGAAGCAAAAGAUUCUGAUGAAUCUUUCGAGUCAGCUGCUGAAGAGAGAACGGAGGACUCAGAAAAUCGCGAUUCCCAAACGCCCAUGGCUCCUCUCCAUUCAGAACGGUUUGAAAAUUACCCAGAAAGUGAAGCAUCAAGCAAUUCCGGCUCAAGAGCUUCAGACGAAAAGGAAAGCCAGGCAGCUACCGAAAGCGUAACGGCUUCUCAACUUUUCGAUGAAGGCAAUGCAUUUUCGAUGGAGACAAUUCCGGAGACUGAUGAUUCUCAUCAAACCUCAGGUUCUCUGGAAGCUGAAAAGCAAGAGGUCUCGGAGUUUGAUGAUUCUUGGGGGAGCUCAGAGGCUGGCGAGGCAGAAAAUGACGGCAGCCGCGAAGCGGCGGAGUUAGAGGCUGCAGGGCCGGUUGGGUCUCACGAAAAUGAUGAAUCUGAUCGCCUACAGGAAGUUUCUCAACCUUUGUAUGAAACGUCGGAAUAUAGAAAGGAGGGCGAGCUCGAACCGCCUCCGGAUAAUUUGCUAGAAAGGGAAAAUAAUGAUGCUCAAGAGGUAAAGAUGGACACAUCGGAUUUCGACGUACAUAAUGAGCAACCCGAAGAAGUUGAGGAAGCGGCGAAAAGCCCGGAACUGGACGAGCCCGCAAAAAUUGAUAAGCCCGAGGAGAAAGAGAGAGACUCAACGCCGGACGAGGAGUCUGACGAAGACGAAUCCGAGACCGCGACAAAAGAGGAAGCAGAAACGGGCGAUGAUGAUAUAGACGAGCAGAAGGCCGAGCAAAGCCUAGACAGCCUGACGGCGAAUGGGGAUGACGACGAGAUGCGCGAUGAAGUUGCCGAACCGGCGGCCGAUCAAGCCGAACAGGCAAUAGACGAUGAGCUUGAGGAGGAUGCCAAUGUUCGGUGUGAGGACGAGGAAGCAAAAGACGUUAAAGCCGAUCUCGAUUCUUUCGAGACCGAGGAGCCAAUUCCUUCCACCUCAUUCUCCACAUCUCCCACACCCUCCGAAUCCUCGGACGACGACCUUGAAAAUCUACACGUAGAACUUUCUCGGCUCGCCUUCCAUGGCGAAGAGUGCCUUAUCCCAACGAUUCUACUCAUAAGUGAAGACGCCUUCCGGUCAGUGAUCAACUACGACACUUUCAAAUCGCUCGACGAGGCGACGCAAAAGAAGUUGCGCACAUUAUUGCCCCAGUUCGACGAUCCGUCCGAGGAGGAGCUGGCGCUGCAAAGCGUGUUCACCGUCGACGAGACGUUCAACUUUGGCACGCCGAUCGGGAAGGUACAUUGGAAAUUGAAAUCCGGGCAGUUCGGCGUGGGGCGCGCCUCGGAACGCCAUCAACUCAGGGACAGCCAAGGGGUGAAAUACGACCAUUAUAUACGAUUCUACCAUAUGAACUUGCUGAAGAAGCUGUUGAUCUCCAGACAUGAUCUCCUCCAACAUUACUCAUCAACGCCUUUGAUUGACGAACCCGGACCAGGGUUGAUUCGAUUCGAUUUAAGCCGAAAGUUGACGAAACGCGACCAUCUCAACGAACGGGCCCGCAAACGGGCGAAAAUGAUGCUCACCGAUUGCAAGGUUCGAGCUGGCGAGGCUGGGCUCUCAUCAGAUGAUGAGCCGGAACCCUGCUCGGACGGGCAAAUCGAAUACGUGCCCCGGGCUUCGAGUCUGCCGGCGGGCCGGACCACCUCUCAGGCUAUUGUAAUGAAAGAUAUGGAUCUCCACCAGCCAAUGUACGUUGACGACUUUGACGAGAUGCGGAUCAAGUACCGGAAACGGUUGCGAAGACCGGGCGCUCCCCAAAGCCAGCCGGCGCUCGACAUCGAGGGGAUGGAGAUGGACGACGUGCUGGAGCGGGCCGGCGUCCAGUCGAUGACCGAGCGGAUAAAGCACGCCAAGCACGCCCUCGAGCAGGUCAUGCGCCAGACACUACCUCAUGAAUACCAAUAUAACGGUCAA